ACCAGCGAUCAAGAGAAUGUCAGAGAAAACUGGAGUUCGCAGACAUGAAAGCUUUAGUACGUCAGAGCCCCCUAACACAGGAAGUGUGAGGCAGGAUCCGAAGCCAGCUUUGUCUUCCAUGGAACGUAAGCUGUCCCUCCAAUGCAAAGGCCUGGAGUGCAGUCAAUGGAGGAGUAAGAAGAAGGACCUCCAUAACAGACCUGAGAAGACUGAGCGAGCUUCUGGAAGAGCUGCUGGCUUCUGGAAGAUGUGGAGAACACAGCAGACCCUGCCAGAAAAGAGCAGCACCCAGCAUAUAUUCCAAGAUCAAUUCAUGCCCUGGAAGACCACGUGCCAGGGAAAGAAAGCCAAAAUGGAUGCAGACCUGAAAACCUCAGAGGCUGAGAAUGGUAUGGAGGAGAAAAAGAAGGCCUGCAGGUCGCCAACGGCCCAGUCUCCCACCCUGUCCAGCGAGGCCGAGUCCCCAGACCAGAAGAGACUCAUCUGCCUGCGGACAAAAUCCAGUUUUGAUGGUGCCUCUUUAGCAAGUGAUAAGAGUGACUGUAAAACAGAAAGCAAGAAUGACUCUAAGGCAGAAAGGAAAAAGUCUUCAUCUUCCAGCCAGUACAAGGCAAAUAUGCACUUUCACAAGUUGUUUCUUGACGUCCCAACCGAGGAACCACUGAGGCAAAGUUUUACCUGUGCUCUACAGAAAGAGAUACUAUACCAAGGGAAGCUCUUUGUGUCAGAAAACUGGAUCUGUUUUCAUUCCAAGGUCUUUGGAAAAGACACUAAGAUCUCUAUUCCGGCUUUCUCCGUAACCCUAAUAAAGAAAACCAAAACUGCCCUUCUGGUGCCAAAUGCCUUGAUUAUAGCGACGGUCACAGACAGGUACAUAUUUGUGUCCUUGCUCUCCAGAGAUUCAACUUACAAACUAAUAAAAUCUGUGUGUGGACAUUUGGAUAGUACAAGUGUUGGUAACAGUCCCAGUCCAUCUUCUCUUGAAAACAGUUUCCGGGCGGAGCUCCCUUCAUCUCUGCCUCUGACAUUUGUUAUUUCAAAGAAGUUUGCCACUGUUGAUAGAAUUCUAACUACCCAGAAGAAUCUGUUUAGUAACCAGGAUUUCAACGAUGAAUUCUCAGAUCUGGAUGGAGUGGUUCAACAAAGAAGGCAAGACAUGGAAGGAUACAGCAGUUCUGGCUCUCAGACUCCCGAAUCCGAGAACUCCAGAGAUUUCCAUGUGACAGAAUCCCAGACAGUUCUGAAUGUCUCCAAGGCAGAAGCAAAACCACCUAGGGCAGAUCCCCAUGGGAACAGAGUGCCUGAAGGAAAAGCCAAGAGCCUCCCUGCACACGGUCAGUCAGAAACCACUGGAGUCUCACACAACGUAAAGUCUCAGAAAUACCCAACUCUCCGCCAUAUUCUUAUAUUCUACGCAAUCGUGGUCUGUGCGCUCAUCAUCUCGACCUUCUACAUGAGAUAUAGAAUUAAUACCCUGGAGGAGCGGCUGGGGUUGCUCACCUCCAUUGUAGACAGCCAUCACACUGAGCAGGCAGCACCUUCCGGUCUGGGGUCACAAGUGCAAUUAAACGUGGAGGUCCUCUGCCGGCAGCUCACCGCUAACAUCCUGAAAUUAGAAAAGAUACAGAACAACUUACAAAAGUUGCUUGAGAAUGGCGACUGACCAACCGGAUUGCUUGGGCCAACAUGAUACCUCACGCUUCCCUUUGAAGAAGGUGCUCCCGGAGGUGUCCUGGUGGAGCGCUCCCUGCUGGCCAGAGGAGCGAGCAGCGCCGCAUCCCCAGCCUUGUUUGCACUUGGAGGUCUCCAGCUCAGGAAGCGGGGGUGGGGAGAAUAAUUUUGGUUCCUGUGCAAUAAAAGUUGACCUUCACUCUUUGAGGAAGUUUUCAGUGCUGCUGCCUGAAGAAAACACCCAUCUCGGGAGGUCUCAAGAAGGACCUGGUGGACAUUCUCAUGGAUGACUGCGGUUCAGUGGCCAUGGUGACUGUGUCAGCAAACACACUCCACAACACGCCUUUUCAGUCCUUCCCACUUUCCCUUACACACCGCCUUCAAACUAAGGGAUAUAUCGUGUGCCAACAGACCUGAUGUGGUCCUUUAAAGAAUUCGCCAUAACUCUCCAAAGGCAAUAAAGAGCUCUAAUGGACAGACUUGCUUCAAAGAAAUAACACCAGCAUUUUUUCCCUUCUGUUAUGUUCUUAUUUAAAUCACGUGUGUAUCUUCUGAAUUGAAUAUUGGCGAAAAUAUUGGGCAAAGCAGAUAAACCAUCCCAUUUAUGUUUUGUUUUGCUACUCUAACUAAUACUUAAUUGUACUGAUUCUCACCCACCCCAGAUCAAGAAUCUGAGAGGCAUGGGACUGAAGCACUAAAUAAACUUACUUUGAAACCAAAAGUAACCUUUAAACACAAAGGUAUAAUGUGAUUUGACACAGGAUGAAAAACACCAUAUUUUAAGAUGAUAGGUGGACUAUGUUACUUUUGAAAAAGGUUAUCUGUAUUGAAUGUUGAAACCCAUUUCAGCAUGAUGAUAGCAUGCUUUUUAUCUUUUGCUGACUAAAAUAAAGAAAUAACUGGUGGUUUGCUAACUUCUAUUUACCAUAUGGGUUGCCUGGUUUUUAUUAAUAAUUAUUUAGGUACUGUAAGAUCUGUAAUAUAAAAGAUAUUCUGUUUCUAUCUGCAAUGCAUUUUAUAAUCAUUUCUAUGAAAUGUAUUUUAUUUAAUCAGAUAAGCUAAUAAGUGAAUUGGUUACAUCAUUUGUAUCUGUUAGCCUCCUGGACAAGAAUUGUGCCUGGCGCACCCUAGCUUUUAAUAAAUACUCAUUGGUUAAAAUGCCCUGCUAGCACUAUGCUUUGUCGAUUUCUAGACUCUUAACUAAGACAAUAUGCUUUUUAACUGCUUCUUUCUCUCUACUACCAACUCACCCAUACCUCUUUUCUCUCAAGUAUUCAUUUCAGAACACAAAAGUAUGAAGUAUUUAAAUUGAGUUGCAAUAAUAUAAGGAAAAGAAAAUGAACUUUGAAAUCAGGAAAACCAGUGCUUGAUUCCCAGGUCCACAUUUUAUGAGUUAUGUAACCUUAAGCAAGCUAUGUGGCCAUUUUCCCCAUUUUAUUGCCAAGGUCGAAAAGACCAAUGGAAAGUGUCACUGUGAAGAUUAAAUGUGAGAAUGUCUCUAAACUAUAUCUCUGUGUACAGCAAGCAGUUGACUCUCAUAACACACCAUAUCCAUUAUUCUUGUAAAGUGUUUUCGUGUUUGACAUUCCAGCUUUAUAAAAGUUUUAUGUCAAUACUUUAUAGUCAAAACCCAUUAGGGAUUCAAAAGUGGGUCAGCCACCUCUGGAGAGAGAUUUUACAACUGUGUGAAGAGCCUUUAAAAGGUUCAAAUUUCACUGAUUUAGCAAUAUGCUAUCUAGGAAUUUAUCCUGAAGCAAUAAGCAAAGAUCUAGUCAAAAAUUUAUACACAAGAAUAUUCUUUGAAACUUGAUGACAGCAAAAUAAUAAAGACUCAAAAUACUCAAUAGCAGAACAAUUAAAUGAUGUAGUUGUUUAGAAAAGUAUUGUCAAAGAAUGGCAUAGAAAACAGCAUUAAAAGGGUAGGCACAAAACUACAUAGUUUGAUCCCAAUUGUAUAAAUUUUUGCAUAUAUGUGUGGAAGUACACACACAUUGACCUUUUCUGUAUUCUCUAAAUUUGCAUAAUGAACAGUUACUACCUUUUUUAAGUGGAAAAUCAGGGGUUUUUUGGAGGGGGGAUUGGAAAACAAUUAUCUGAGAGGGACUUAAACAAAGGAACCAGAAUAGAAUGUGCGUGUGUAUAAUUCACAUUUAACUUGCUGAUGUUACUUUUGCCACUGUUUUAUUCAGAACAUAUGUCUCAUGUUUUAAUUAGUAAAAUUUAAUCAUUUUUCAUAAACCUGAA